GCCUCUCCUGAACUUGAAAGCCAUAGAGCCUAGAAAGAAAGUAUCCUGAAGUGACCAGAAGAAGAGUUCCAGCUCGGACCGAUGGGUAGAGGGAAUUGUGGCACCAGGAAGUCAAAUGACAUGUGAUAGCAUAUAAACUCUUUGUCCAUAUAUAAUUCACCAGCUUUUAGAUGCUGAAACCCUGAGAACAGUGGGAAAUGUAGUUCAGAAACUUUACACAGUGGAAGGUGUGUGAAGGAACAGUGCCCUUUGGAGGAAGAGAAUCACAGAGAUGAAGAGAUUGGCAUUUCUCAGUUGCAGCCCCUAAAAGGAGACAAUAGAAAUCAGCCAUCACAGACCACCAGAGAACCUGUGUGGACCCAUUUUCAUUACCCAGAAAGCACGUUGAAGGAAGACUUAACUGCAAGCAUGGCAGAAAUACCCAGUCUCCCACCUCAUUUCUCAGGGUUCCAUGAGAUUGUUUGCUUUCCCUCUACCCUAUUUGCUCCUGCCUCAGGCCUAGAGAACUUUGUGUGACCUGAUAUAGAUUCUUGGUGCUCAGUGGCUUGUUAGUCAAUGCUUUGGGGUUGUUCUAAAGUCCUAAAGCAAGUGCCAGGCAGUGUGCCCAAGGUGAAUUCCGGUUGUUCAUUUAUUGCUUCUUCGUGGUGGGCAGUGGGACUGGAAGCCACCUGUCGGUCUCUGUAUGAGAAAUGGCAGUGUUGAGAUCUGCCCCCUUAUGCCUGUGGGCAGAGGUAUCAUCACUCAGAUCUGAGGAAGCCUUCCUGCUCUCAGAUGGUGGCACUCGUGCGCAGACUUCAGAGAAAGCAAGACUUCUGAUGAGUCUCCUUACCUCGGCCGCCCAAAUGAAGGUGUGUGUUGAAUUCUGCUGACAGUUAAUAGUUGAGCCCUUCCCUGGUUAUGGAAAAUCAGAAUGAGGACAGCUCAGUGAGAAGCAGAUUCCAUGGCAAACCAGUCUGGGAAGUGUAGCAUUCUCGAGCCUUUUCCAGAAUUCCACCAUGCAUGUGAUCCUCCAGGAAACCCUUUAAAAAGAAACCUAUUUCAUUUCAUCUAAUUCAUUUAACUUCGGACAUCAUUUUCCCUGAAUAUCUAUUAAUAUUCCUUGGAAGGCACUAUUCAAAAGAUCAGGUCCUAAGAAGCAGAUGCUGAGAGAGGACACAGGCUGAUAGACACCAAAAGAUAAAACCACCAAAAACAAAUCUUGCCCACCUUUGAGCUAAGAAUUCUUUGUAUGCUUCAGGGUGGCCAGCUUCUUUUAGCAGCUUACCUUUCAGAGUUCCUGGUGAAACCUUUGAAAACAACUGUGCCCAAUAAAAGCUAGCUUUCUUGUUACCAAAUCCUUACAUUAGUGGCUUAGUUUUUUAAUUGAGUUGAAGAGUAACUAAUUUAGUCUAGUUGUGAGCAAACUAGUUUGAUUUAGAAACUAUUUUUGAGGAGGACAGUUCUUUUAAACUUUAAAAAUACUUUUGUAGCCUUUCGGCCGGAACCGCCAUCUUCCAGUAAUUCGCCAAAAUGACCAACACAAAGGGAAAGAGGAGAGGUACCCGCUAUAUGUUCUCUAGACCUUUUAGAAAACAUGGAGUUGUUCCUUUGGCCACAUACAUGCGAAUCUAUAAAAAAGGUGAUAUUGUGGACAUCAAGGGAAUGGGCUCUGUUCCAAAAGGAAUGCCCCACAAAUCUUACCAUGGCAAAACUGGAAGAGUCUACAGGGUCACCCAGCAUGCUGAUGGCAUUUUUGUAAACAAACAAGUUAAGGGCAAGAUUCUUGCCAAGAGAAUUAAUGUACGCAUUGAGCAUAUUAAACACUCAAAGAGCCGAGACAGCUUCCUGAAGCGUGUGAAGGAAAAUGAUCAGAAAAAGAAGGAAGCCAAAGAGAAAGGUACUUGGGUUCAGCUGAAGCGCCAGCCUGCCCCACCCAGAGAAGCACACUUUGUGAGAACCAAUGGAAAGGAGCCCGAACUGCUGGAACCCAUUCCCUAUGAAUUCAUGGCAUGAUAAAUGUAAAGAAAACAAAAGACCUCAAGACUGUAAAAAUGUUUCUCUCAAUUGAGUAGAAGUGUGGUGUCCUUUCCCCCCCAAAAAUAUUUAAAGCAAAAAAAAAAAUAAAUAAAUAAAUAAAUAAAUAAAUAAAAAUACUUUGUAAAGCUACCCAGGUUACCAGGUUAUUUUUGCCUUGAAUUAUCUGUGUAUAAUAUUGUAAUUAUGUGUGAAUGAUUGCUUUAAGAUAGUUCUUCUGACAUGUUGUUGGCUCUAUUACUCAGCAAAUUUUUUUUCAUACUGGUGAUAAUCUUCAAGCACAAUUCCUAUUAUAUCUGAAGUAAGGACGUCAUUGAAAAGAAAGCACAAAUUUUUUUUUAAUUUUUAAUUUUUUUGCUUUUAUUUAAAUUCCAGUUAACACACAGUAUAAUAUUAGUUUUAGGUAUAUAAUUUAGUGA